AUGGCAUCCCCGUGUCGCAUCGUCGUCAUGGCCAGCGGCAGCGGCAGCAACUUCCAGGCGCUGCUCGACGCCAUCGCCUCCGGCCGCAUCCCCAACUCGCAGGUCGUGCGACUCUACGUGAACCGCAAGACGGCUUUUGCUGUGACGCGCGCAGAGAAGUCCGGCGUGCCCUCCGAGUACUUCAACAUGGUGUCCGGUGGGUUCCAGGCAAAAGGGGAAAAGGACGCAGAGAAGCUCGCCGACGCCAGGUCACGGUACGAUGCUGUGCUGGCGGACAAGGUGAUCGAGCAGAGCCCGGACCUGAUUGUCCUGGCCGGCUGGAUGCAUGUCUUUACACCUUCAUUCCUGAACUCCUUGGCGGAGAAAGGUGUACCAAUUAUCAACCUGCAUCCUGCUUUACCAGGCCAAUUCGACGGUGCCGGCGCAAUCGAGCGAGCGUAUCAGGAUUUCCAAGCAGGCAAACUCAAGAACAACCGGACUGGCAUCAUGAUCCACUACGUGAUCGCCCAGGUUGACAGAGGCCAGCCGAUCAUGACAAGAGAGAUUGAGUGCCGGGAAGGAGAGACGCUGCAGGACCUCGAGCAGAGGAUACACUCCCACGAGCACGAGCUGAUCGUGGAGGCAACGGCCAAGGUGGUUGGCGAGCUGCUAGCGAAGAAGAAUGGCGCAUGA